CAACUGUUGAUCACUGUUCACCCAGAAAAGAUGGUUCUGCCCUUGCAUUGUUUCCUUAAUUGCAGGCUGCCGUUCUUCUAGGUCCUUCUCAAUUAUCAAGAACGAUCUGUUUUGCCCCUUAAUUCACCUAGAUUUUUCAUUUUUUUGCGUGGCUUGCACAGAGAUCAACGCUAACGCUUGCAAAUCAAAUUGUCAAGGAAUUUUGCUGGCAUAAUUUUGCAAACCUGCUUUAUUCAACUGAUUUGUGGGAAUUCUUCUACUGGGAUGUUCUCUGUUAAAUCAGCAUUCACUAAGCUUUGCAGUUUUGAAGUGAAUAGCUUAAUUACUCAAGUUGUGAGACCAUGGAGUAAGAAGGAAGCUUGAGACCAUAAUGAUCACGCAAUGUGCAUGUUAAGCUAAGGACAAAUAGAGAUUUUAUGAUUUGAAGAAGAAGAAGAAGAAUCACCAGACACUCAGAUUGAAGUUUUGAGGUCAUGGAGCAAGCCACUGAUGUAGAGAAAGCAACGGCUGUGUAUGAGUUUCUUGAUUUCAAGCGCAGGAACAAGGUGAUAGUCACAAUGCGAACCAUCCGGAUACGAGACAUCCUGCCUUUGAAAAAGUAUGAGUGUGCAGGGUGUGGAGAUCAAAGAAAUACCAACCUGUUGCAAGAAAUGUUGGUCUUCAGUUUGUCUUAGUUGAUGAACAUAAUGAUGCAAUAGAAGGAUCUGUUAGAGAAGCAUAGUACUGCAGCAUAAUAGAACCUCUUUUGCAUAAAGGGCAAAUGUUCGAAAUAAGUGGUUUCUUCACAAGUCAUAGCCAAUCCUUUUUCAAGAUUGUGCAACAUUGGACAAGUCAAUUUCAAUUCCAAGACACAUCAUCAGGCAUGCUCCCGAGCUACCUCCACACAUUCCAAUGCACCGUUUCUUCCUGGUUGACUACAACCAUCUUGACCCCGCAUCAACAAUGAUCAAGUUCUUUCAGGGAGGAGGGUAUACAAGUUACCCUGUGGGGAGAUGAUGCACUUAGCUUGGAUAUUUAAGCUAUCAGGACAAGCCAACCACCUACAGUUGUUGUUCUUACAAGCCUUAAAGUAAAACAAUUUAAGACUUCAAAGUCAUCACAAUCAUAGAAGAUGAGACUAAUGUGACAACUGUUGUAUUUAUGGGAAAGGAAGCUGAAGACCUCUUCAAGAGAACCUGUGGGGAUCUUUUUCAAAAAAUAAAAACAAGAAUAAAAAAUAAAAUUAUAAAGAUCCGAACAAGCUGCCACCAGAGAGAUCCUUCAAGAACAGGGAGAGAUAGAACUGCUGAAACUAAAGAAAGGCACUAAACAAGGCUUCACUAUUAAAGGAAUCGUUCAGGAUUCAUAGCGAUUCACUCCCAAACAAGAAGACCACCCUUCAAGCUCCACAGCAAACAAGGUCUCACUCACAAAAAAAGAGACAUUUGGACACAGAUAGCAGGCCACUCUUCAAAUCGCCAUCACCAUCAAACAAAUUUCCGAAAAGGAAAUACUUACAAAAGUGGCUUCACUUGCUGCUCAAGAGUUCAAUCUUGUUUGGGGACUCAAAGGAGAAUUAACAAAGCUGCGUGAAUCAUCACUCUUGCUUGAAGCUGUGCUACAAGAUGCCCAACAUCCACAUCAAGAUCAGGGAGAGGCUGUGAAGCUCUGGGUGAAGAAGCUUGAAGACGUAGCUCAUGAUGCCGAUGAGGUGUUGGAUGACUACGGCUAUGAACUUCUCCGGCGUAAGGUGGAACUGCGCAACCAGAUAAAGAAAAAGGUGCAAUGUUUCUUUUCGCUUUCAAAUCCCAUUGUAUUUCGUGUAAAAAUGGCACAUAAAGUUAAUAAGAUCAACACAUCUUUGGAGAAGUUGAAUAAUAUGGCAAGUGCUAUUGGGUUAAGUGCUAGGCCAUCCAUAGAUGCAAUAAGCUCCAAUGGUCAAAGAAUUGACCGGGAAACAUACUCUCAUUUUGAGCAAGAUGAAAACAAUAUCAUUGGAAGGAAAGUGGUUGUGUCAGAUAUAGUGAAAGUCUUGACGGCCUCAAACAACAAUAAUCUUUCUGUUAUGGCCAUCGUAGGAAUGGCAGGGAUUGGAAAGACAACUUUGGCUAAAUGUGUGUAUGAUGAUGAUAAGAUAAACAAACACUUCCAUGAGAAAAUUUGGGUUUGCGUAUCUACUCAUUUUGAAGUUAGUUCGGUUUUGAGGAGGAUCUUGGAAUCUCUUAAACCAGAAAACGCUGCAGUACAAUCAAUAGAUGCAAUGUGUAGAAUUCUGAAAGAAAUGUUGAAAGACAAGAGAUAUCUUCUCGUGCUCGAUGAUGUUUGGAAUGAAGAUUCUCAAAAAUGGAAUCAUUUGGUGAGUUGUUUGUUAAGAGUUACUAACACCCGUGGAACCCACAUCAUUGUUACAACCCGCAGUGACAAAGUUGCCAAUUUGGUGGAGACACUUCCGAGGAAUGAUUUGAAAAAGCUAUCGGAUGAUGAAUGUUGGCUCAUAUUGAAAGACAAAGCAGUUCCCGUUGAAAGUCAACCUCUGCCUCAAGAUCAAGAGAGAAUCGGAAGGGAGAUUGCCAAAAAAUGUGGAGGUGUACCAUUAGCGGCAAAGGUUCUGGGACAUAUGAUGCGCUCUAAAAGGAAUGAUGGAUGGCAAUCAAUUCUACAAAAUGGAAUAUGGGACGUACCAGAAGAAGAAGAAAGAAUCUUGUCGAUUUUGAAGUUGAGUUUUGAUGAAUUGAAAUCUCCAUCAUUGAAACAAUGUUUUGCAUAUUGCUCAAUGUUCAUCAAAGAUUUUGAAAUGGAAAAGGAUGACUUGAUUCAACUUUGGAUGGCUCAAGGGUGGCUUCACCACUCUCCCAUCACAAGUAAUCUAGAGAUGGAGGAUAUAGGUAAUGAAUAUUUUAACAUUUUAUUAGAAAAUUCCUUUUUUCAAGAUGUUACAAAGGAUUCCCACAACAAUAUUACCAAAUGCAAGAUGCACGAUCUUGUACAUAAUCUUGCAAAACAUGUAUCAAACUCGAAGAACCGGCACUCACUGUUUUCGAAGGUAGAAGACUUUGAGAGCACAUUGCCUAGCUUUAAUUCUUUACGUGUCUUAAAUCUUUAUGAGGCAGACACUGACAAGUUACCAGACUCACUUGGAAAGUUGAAACACUUGAGGUAUCUGAAUGUCAUGAAAACAAGAGUCAAAAGAUUUCCCAAAUCUAUCGGUCAACUUUACUACCUACAGACAUUAAAAAUGCCUUAUCACUUUGAUGAGUUUCCGAGGGAAAUUGCAAAUUUGGUCAACUUACGACAUGUUUAUUAUGGAAAGUACGUGGAGGUUCCUGUUGGGAUAUUGGGAAGAUUAACCAAUCUCCGAUCAUUACCUUCUAUAAAGGUGGGUAAGGAGAAGGGUCCUAGGAUUGAGGAAUUGGGUGGUCUAAUCCAACUGCAACACGGCUUGUGUAUUUAUGGUUUGGAAAAUGUAAGAGAUGGAGAAGAAGCAAAGAAAGCAAAGUUGGUUGAGAAGAAACAUUUAAGCAAGUUAACUCUUGACUGGAAACUUAGUAGACCUAGCAACAAUGUUGACAAUGAGGAUGAUGUACUAGAAGGCCUCCAACCACAUUCUAGUCUGGAAAUUUUGAAGAUUGGAGGGUUCAUGGGUGUUACACUUCCAUCAUGGUUAUCGCUAGCCAGCCAUUUGAUCGAGAUUGAAUUGUGCGAAUGCAACAAUUGCGAAGGAGUACCAGCACUUGGCCAUCUGCCCAAUCUUAGACAUCUUAAGAUCAAGAGCAUGCAGAACCUCAAAUGUUUGGGAUCUCAUUUCUAUGGUUAUGAACACGUUUCCGAUGCAGUAGCUGGAACAAGUAAGGAGACACGAGCUUUGUUUCCUGCAUUGAAAACAUUACAUAUUGAGGAGGCCACACACCUGAUUGAAUGGAUGGAAGCGCCAACCGGAAGAGUAAGUGGGGUGUUUCCUUGCCUUGAGGAGCUGACUCUCGAGAACUGUAGGGAUUUGAGAAGUGCUCCAAGUCAUUUUCCCACUCUGAAGAGGUUGGUGAUAAGGGACAUGGGUAGUGGCAUGCCAGUAGUAAGCAUUCUGAGCACAAAACUGACCACUUUGACUUAUCUCAGAUUAAGUGAUAUCCAAGGACUUACUUGUCUGCCGGAAGGGAUAUUGGAAAACAACAAGAAUCUUGCUAAGUUGAGGUUAGAUCUUUGCUAUCACUUAACUGAUAUCACUCCCCAAGGGUCAGAGUACUGCUGCUCAUCUCUUCAGUCAGUGCAUAUUAGCAGGUGUCAGAAUUUGAGGUAUUUACCUGACGGCCUGCUCACACCCUCUCUUAAAAAGUUGCGUUUGUUUGAUUGUCGCAGUCUAGAGUUCAUCCCAGAUAGUACACGCGGUCUCAUAGCUCUUGAAGCAUUGACAUUAAUUGGAUGCUCCAAAAUAAAGUCUAUUCCAACUACACAAGGCCUCACAUCCCUCCAGCAAUUAGAAGUUGUAUAUUGUCCCGAGUUAUCAAGCCUACCGAGUGGACUGGAAUCCUGCACCUCUCUUCAGAGUUUGACAAUAACAAGCUGCCCAAAGGUAACAUCCAUUUCAAUCGAAAGUCUCAGUACAGCCCUCCAAGAGUUGACUAUAGAUGACUUACAGUUUCUUCCAGCAUUACAAGGCUUCACAUCCCUCCGUGAAUUGACGAUCGAAGGAUGUAAUGGUCGACAGUUUGGGCAGGAAUUUAGUGCCUCUCUUCAAACUCUCGUCUCUCUGAACAUAAUUUUUUGCUUUGAACUAGAGAGUAUUCCGAGUUUAGACAAGCUCACAUCCCUUCGCACGUUGGUGAUUACUAAUUGUUCUCGAUUAACAAGUCUACCGAAUGGAUUAGCAGCAUCCUCAGUCUGCAGCCUCACCAGUUUGAAGGAAUUGAAAAUUGGUUUCUUCUGGGGAAAGCUCGAGUCAUUCCCUGCUUUUCAGGUUAUACCGCAACUUGAACAAUUAGCAAUCUAUGGAUGGCCUAUGCUCAAGUCUCUCCCUGAAAACAUUCAACACUUCACUUCUUUGACCAUUUUGGAGAUGCAUUUUUUUGUGGGAGUGGUGGCUCUCCCAGAGUGGCUGGGCAACCUUGCAUCUCUUCAGUUUCUAGUGAUUGCGCAUUGCGAGAAUAUGAAGUACCUACCCUCUGUCGAAGCCAUGCAGCACCUCACCAAAUUACAAGCCCUAGAGAUCUUUCGGUGUCCUCUUCUAAGGGAAAGAUGCACCGAGGAGAGUGGCUCAGAGUGGCCUAAGAUUCGUCAUAUUCCAGAAAUACAUGUUUUCUGAAGCUAUAAGACACAACACCUCCAACAAAAACAUCUACGACUGUAUUUCCAGUUGGCAGUUGCAGAAGAUUACUUUCGUUCUAGUUUUAACGGUUUAGGCAGAAGAUUUCCUGGUUAAUUCUUGAAAUCGUCUUGAAGCAAGGGGCAUGAUUAUUAUUUAGGCAUAACUUUUAAGUGGGUUGUUAGGAGGCUCUCACCAAACAGAGUCCAGCAUUGCAGGAUUGGGCCAUAUGGAAAGUGAAGAAAAAGAUAAAAGGUCUAAACAGCUCAAGGUCAGCUCCAUUCAGGUUAAGAUUUGUCAAUGGAACCACAAUUUAAUGAUAAAAAAUUACCACACUCUCAUUAGAGGUUGCUUCUUGACACCACUUAAUUCCUAAUUGCUGUAAGUUUCCAAUUGAAGCAAGGACCAUCUGUUAUUAUUUUCGGCUUAAUUGGGUUCUGAGAACAUUUUGACUAAACUGGAGAAAUAAUGGUUGCAAAUUGCAAUAGGUACAAACAGAGUCCAGGCUCCAAAUGAGAGAAAUAAUUGAGGCACUUUAUGAUUUAUUUGAGGUGCGUGCAUGCAUGCUCCUAAUUCUGGGUAAGGAAGAGGUUCAGUUGUGGCGGUUUGAGGGAUUCUGGUGGGCUCUACACCUACCAAUUAUUAUGGUGUUCCAAUUUUUGAGGGGGUCGGUCUCUCUUCUUUCCUGCACUCAUUCUCAUUCUCUCAACCUUGCGAAGCAACUAUCAGACUAUGUUUUUCUGGUUGGCAAGAGAAUCCAGAACUUGACUCUUCCUUGGUGCCAAACCAAGAUGAUCAACUUGUUCGGACUUCGGAUAUAUCUCCCAGAUGUUCCCCUUUCAGAAAAAGAUCGUGCAUUAAUUUUGUGUCUUGGAAGUGUCCUUCAAAUGUUACACGGAAAGCAAAAUGAAGAUCAAGAUUUUCAUCAUUUUCGGUAUCAGGAUUUUGUCAGCAAUACUGAGGAAUUGGUCCUGUUGUACUACAGAGCAUCUCAUAGCCAUCAACUCUCACUUAUUUUGAUAGCAACAGUGUGAUAGGUCUUCUGGUCGUUACACAUUUUAUGGGACGCUGCUAAUUGUACCUUCCCUUAGUGACUCAGUUCAACAUUCUGCUCUAGCUUCAAAGACUUCAACAUAUUUUGUAAUUCGUUGUUCAUUUGAGCAGUAGAGUAAGGGUUUGAAUUCCUAUAGUCCUGCAUUUAGAAGUAAACUGAGGAAGCUGGUUUGCACCAAGGAUUGUUGUGGGUUUAACGACUUCAUAUAAAUGAUCUUCAUGUCCCAAUUUGAAUAAGGUUAGGGGUUGGCCAAAAAAAUGCAGCUGAAUUUUAGCUUCUAAUCGACAU